AAAACAACGUGUUCCUGCUCUCUGGGAACAUCUCUGAGCGCAGUGAGGGGAUGUUAGAAAGCCUGUGGAAUGGAGAGCUCUGAUUGGCUGCUGCUCUCCUGUAUAAAGAGCCGCAGUGGCAAAUUCAAUCAGAUCAUAGCGAGCUUCCACAGACAAGCCACAUAACCGGACGAUCCGCCACACUGGGACAAAAUCUGAGCUUUUCUUCUGCUUCUGCUCGACAUUUUCUUGCACAACACAGAGGAAAUAACCGGAGACUUAUCUCUAACAUCAUGAAGGAAAGGAGGAAUACACAGCCGCUGGUGGUGAGAUGUAAACUGGUGCUCGUGGGAGACGUUCAAUGCGGUAAAACGGCGAUGUUGCAAGUGCUGGCGAAGGAUUGUUAUCCAGAGACCUACGUGCCCACAGUGUUUGAAAACUACACAGCAUGUCUGGAGCUGGAGGAGCAGCGCGUGGAGCUCAGUCUAUGGGAUACUUCAGGUUCCCCCUACUAUGACAACGUGAGGCCCCUAUGUUACAGUGAUUCAGAUGCAGUUUUGUUAUGUUUUGACAUCAGUCGCCCAGACACUGUGGACAGCAGUCUGAAGAAGUGGAAAACUGAGAUUUUGGACUUCUGUCCGAGCACACGUAUUCUUCUGAUAGGCUGUAAAACCGACCUGCGCACAGAUGUUUGCACGCUGAUGGAGCUGUCCAAUCAGAAACAGACUCCCAUGACAUAUGAGCAGGGCUCUGCCAUGGCCAAGCAGCUGGGAGCAGAAGCUUACCUGGAGUGCUCAGCGUUCACCUCUGAGAAAAGCAUCCACAGCGUGUUCCGCACCGCAGCAAUGGCCUGCAUCAACAAGCUGCAGCCCCUCCCCAAAUCCAGCCCCACCCGCCGCCUCUCCAAAAGACUCCUACACCUGCCCAGCAAGUCCGAUUUGCUCUCCUCCACCUUCAAGAAGGAGAAGGCCAAAAGCUGCUCGGUCAUGUGAGUGGAGACCUCGGGGGUCACAGUCAUCACAUGCAACCCCAAGCCCCCCUGCCUCUUUGGUCUCGGGGAAGGGGGGGUGGGCACGAUGGUUUUAUCAGGGCUUCCUGCUGGAUCCUUCCCUCACCCCCCCAGAAACCAAACACCCCUCAGAAGAGGUGGACACCUCGCUGUCCACUUACUCCUGAACCUUUUAGCGCACAUCCAUCCUUUUCCACCACUGUAUCUUGCUUUAAAACAAUAUCAGUCAAGGUUUGAUCAUGGAGCUGUCAUUAUUUCACCUGUAAACAGUAUGCAACUACAGCGGUGUUACAUCUGUCUGAUUUUAAUAUCUCUAGGCACAUGUUGAUUUUGUCCAAUUGGAAAUGUGCAACGUGUGACGUUUAAUCUUGUGAUGUAAAUGCCUCUCAGACGAUUCAAUGGAUAUUUUUCUAAAUACAAAAAUAUAUCUAGCAUGAAACUGUCAGGAAUGAUCAAAUUCCUGUAAAUCCCUCUUUAGGCGUGAAAUAGCUUGUAACUGGCGUCCCCAUUUAGGUGUGUGAGAGCACAGAGAUGUAGAGGGAGUACAGAGGGACGGAGCACAGUGAAAGCUAUUACCCAGAGAGCUGUUCUCAUUGUCUCAGUGCUGAUGAGAGCAGGGAUAAGAGCUGUGAGCACAGGCUGCUGUGCAGACAGACAGCAGUCUAGACUAUUUCAACCUGCAUGCAUUGUUGAUGCACGGUUGUGUAGCUCUGCACAGCGUAGCUCCACCGAAAAGUGGAGGCGGCUGAAGAGGUUCAGUGUGUAAAAAAUGAAAUGAGGACAAACUGAACAUAAAGGGAAGUUUAUUCAGGCUUCCGGUGUCUCUGCUGUCACAGCAGAGUCUAUUUUAAAAUGCUAUUUUGGUGAAGGGACAGACACACUUGAAUAGAUGAGAAGAGAUGCUAUUGUUGUGUCCAGAAGCAGAAAGACAAACAGCUCCAAGCCAUGAGCUGUCGAAGGUUUUUUAUGAAUCUGUGGCUGGUAAUCAGUCAAAGUGUUAAUAGGCAUAUUUAAAAGCAUAGGAUUACACCUACUCAAGUCUGGCCGACCGCUAAUGGGAAAAUCUGGCUCGUUGUUUAAAGUAUUCUAAUAGGAUAAAAGGAUUUGUAGCAUUGUAUUGUUGAGUUUUCAACAAUUUUUCAAAUGGUAUGCAGUUCUGAAAAAUGCCUUUCAUAUCAUGUUCCCAGAAGUCAUUGACUUUUGACUUUUAUAAUCUGCCUGAGGAUUUCUCUCAUUCGCAACAAUCUGAUGUAGCAUUCCCAACCUCACUCUCUUCUUCCAAGACGACUGAAGUCUUUGUGUCGGGUACUCUUGUUAAUCCAUCAACCUCCAAUACGAAGCACUUACUGUAGGUUACUAUGAAUAGCGAGCAAAAACUGGUCCCUUUUCCCGAGCUUAAAUCUUUGGCUUGAUGGUUACGUGCGUGUGCAGCAUCGAUCUCUGUGCUUCGAACCAUAAAGCAAUAAUGAUUUAAAUGCUUGUGAUGCAAAGGUAACCUGUGCGGCAAUAAAGAUGCAGCUUUGUGAAAACUGUCACGCUAAAGUGCUUCAUUGACAUCAAACCAUCUCUGCUGUACAAAGAGGCUGCUUAUAUGUGUUUGCCCCUCUUCCCUAUCCCGUAUAAGUAGCAACUGGACAAGAAACAAACCAAUGAAGUCGUGGAAUAGAUCAGAGUGUGUGCAUAGGAGGGAACAAUGCUCUUUGAGUUGGUGAUGCUAAACUUUGCUGUCAGUUUUACACAAUCAUGAUAGAGCUGAGGCAGUAGGACUUCAAUGAGCUGCUCGUGUGAGUUCACAGAGCAGUACGUGCUUUUAAAUUAGAAAUCGACAAAGAAACCUGCAAAAGCCUAACAAUCAUGUUGUUCAAAAAGGGCUAGUGUGUAGAAAACUAAAAAUGUGGGACUAAAGAGAAAAAUAAUUCAAAUGCACAGGCUGGCCCUGUCCAAAGUAAGCUAUUUUUCCAUUAUUUGUAUUUUCUUUUGUAAAUGUGUUUUUCUUUUGAUUUUGCCUGUUUGUUGGUAUUUUAAAGCAUGAUGUGAGUCUCCAUUUUGUCUUGGAAAUCUCUUCCUCUGAGAUGGUCGUAGCGUCUUUAUGCAGCUGUGGACUGACCCUGGUAGUCGGUAAAAGGGAUGAUUUGCACAAAAGCUUCCAGUUCAUGGUCACACACCAACAUUCCCCGGCAUCGCCUAGCAACAAUCCAGCGUAGAAAACAGAGACGGGCGAUGGGGUUGGUUGUUUGGACAGAGAGGGUUGGCUCACAUGCAGACAUCCCUCCUCAUGCAUUACUACACAGUCAGUUAUGCAUUUAUUGCCAGGCUUGUUUGUUGAUAUUUUGACUUUGUGUUGGGAGCUGAUGCCUUCUGAAAACGAUACAGAUGUGAGGCCAUGUCAGUUAUUAUGCAGCCUUUGUGUUGUAGUCAGUGUGUGGUACAAUGGUGCAGUCAAACUCCUAAGCAUGUCCUAUUGAAGAUGUAUGAUUGUACAUACUGUCUCCUGUUUUAUAAUCAUUGUAAGACAUCUGCCAGGAUGUCACAUGAAAUAUUGUUGUUGAUGUGAAUAUUUAUUUUGCCUCUUUUUUUUUUUUGAUUGACAUGUACAUUUGUUGAAAAUCUAUUUUCGAAACUGGAAAUCUUUUUUUCAAUUUUAUUCUGUUGUUGUUUUUGCUGUGAUGAAUAAAGCUUGCCCUGUCUGGCACCCUUG